AUGUGCUCUGUGUGUGUUGUUCCAGGCUCCUAUUCUGAGGAGGGGACAUACAUCACCCAGAGGGGACAGUCUGAGAGUGGAGGCCCCAGCCCGUACCCCACCACACAGGACACUGACAGAGAGGUCCCUCUUGUGACAACCGCCCCGCCCCUGAACGUCCACAACCACCACCCUCUCUACAAGGGUUUCCUCUUACAGGAGUCCCUCCAAGGACAGGGGCAUUUCUUUGAGGACAGUGGGGGUGUGGAGACCCACCCUGCUAUGCCACCCUCAGCUCCCGACUUUGCCAGGGACCCCGCCAUUCACACGGUGCCACACAAGGAUGCACUAGCUUUCUCCGAUGUUGCCUCAACCACUACCACUGUGGCAACAGCCACGUCACCGUUGGCAACACAGGGCAGCGCUGUUCCAGAGGGGCGUGUCUCUGUGACUCAGAGAGGGGCGUUGACCAAUGGUAGGGAGAGGAGGACAGAGGAGGAGGCUGAUGCCAUGGAUACCCUGACCACUCCUGUCAUGCACACCUCUGCUCCCCCUCCCCGCUCAAACACCCCCAACCUGGCCGCUCCUAUAGGUAACAGGUACUCUGAGGUCCCCACUGCAUCCACCAUGACUCACCCAGCUUUGACCACUCUAGUGGAGAAGGAUGCAGGGAAGUCAGAAGAACACAACAUGAGCCACGCCAGUGAUGGGGUAGCGAUGGGGACGUCUGCAGUAUCUGGUGAUGUGGAUGAGGAGACCACUAUGACCACUAUAACCACAACCACCAUCAUCACCACCAUGCAAAACCCAGGUAAUGUAACACAGCCAGGCUAUGUAGCUACAUACUCCUAAUGAUCACCUAUUCUUACCCAGAAACAUACAGUGUAUGAAUUACUAUCAGAUACAAUAUCCUGCACCACACCUAACACCAGUUUCCAUGAUUCUGUCUUCAUUGUGAAGGUAAAAUGAACAUCAUGCUCAUAUUCUCAUUAUGCAGUCCUAGAGAUAAUCUUGGGCCUUGGUGAGUUGUAAAGUGGCUGUGUUUCACCCUCUCCAACACAGCAGCCCUGUGUCUGUCUGUUUGUCUGAAACACCACUGUGCUCGCUCUCUCAAUCCUCUCUGUUUGCAGCCCACAUAUCUAAACAGCCAAGGGGCUUAAAUUAAUUAUAACAUCAGUAUUCCUGCUCCUCUCACACUCAAUCAAGAGCUCCUGAAAUGGAUUGGAAAACACAUUGCAAGCAUGAGAUAUUGAGACACAUUUGUGUUAUGGUGGGAGUGAAGAAGGAGUAUUUUCAGCCUGGUCUCAAAGACUAGACGUAACAUAGUAAAUGUAUAUACAGGACAGUCAAAUAAGUAUGAUAUGUUAGGUUUGGUAUGGUUACAUAAAACAGAAGGUUACUUAAGGCAAAAAACUAAAGGAGGGUGGUUGGUCGGAGUGGAUGGGUUGACGUAUAAAGUGAAAGUCUAGAAACCCAAAGGUUGCGGGUUCAAAUCUAAUCACUGACAACGUUAGCAUUUGAGCUAAUUAGCAACUUUGCAACGAGUAUGUUAGCCAAAACUUCCCCUAACCUUAACACAUUAAUCUAACUCCCAACCCUUACUUUAAUCCUAACCUUCACCCCUAACCCUAACCCUUGGCCUAACUAAUGUUAGCCACCUAGAUAUCGUUAGCCAUCUAGCCAACAUUAGCCACAACAAAUUGGAAUUCGUAAUAUGUCAUAAGUAUUGCAAAUUCAUAACAUUAUUGUACGUAUUGCAAUUCAUAGCAUAUCAUACGAAUUGUAAUUUGUAACAUGUCAUGCAAAAUGGAUGAUGGACAUCCACAAAUUAAUACAUACCAUACAAAACAUAAUAUAUCAUACUAAAUGGAGGGAGACAGAUUUACUUUUACUAUGUUACAUCUACCCCUUAGUCCAGGUUGGAAUCUUAGAGUGGAACGCUCUAGACGCAGGCUCUGCUUAAUUUGUGCUUUACCCACUUGGACCCCUUCACAACUAAUGAAGGGCAGGAUGGGGAAAUCUCCCAAUAUAUCUGAGUUACACACACACACACACGUGCCUACACAAGCACCUACACAAGCACCUACAGUACAUACGAAGCACACACACACAAGCACACAGUAACUUCCUGUUGUCAUCCCUCUCUCAGGAGGAAAGUCAGAAAGAUAGAAAUGAAAGGCGGCGGUUGAGCAGAAAGACCUCAAGGCUUUCUGUGGUCAUUCCCUCUACCUGAUCUGUCCCUCGAGCCACACAACCAAAGAGGGGGGAGAGAGAGAGGGCCUCUGUUAAUUCGGGCAGAAAAUUAGAAAAACUUGAAACACUAUUAAAGUGGGGGUGCUGGUGUGAGUGAGUGAGAGAAUGGGACCAGGGAGGGUUCUUUUGAGGGUGUGUCUUACUUACUUAGGCCCAUCGCUCCAUUGGGAGCAUAGGUCAUCGACGAAUCCUCUCCAUCGUAUUCUGUUCUGGGCAGUCUUCUCCAGCUCGUUCCACCCCAUGCCGGUUAGUGAGGGGUGUCACUGGUCCUCAAUGUUUUCCUCUCUGUGUUUUCUGUCCUUGCAGUUCCCUGUAUCUUCAACCUGACAGCACCAGAAGGCUACAUAGAGACGCCCCAGCCGUCCAGCUCUCAUAACUACUCCUCUGUGGACUGCACCUACACAGUCACGGUCUACAUGGGCUAUGGAGUAGAAAUACAGGUCAGACCGCCACUAUUAUUGGCAUUCAUUGUGUCCAUCAACCGC